AAUUGAUUUGGAGGGUUCCAGAUCAAUUCAGAGAGAUUAAAGGGUCCUCUGAUUUGAUUCAGAGAUUUGGCCACCACAUCAGGUUGAAUCUCCGCCAAAUCGAAUCAUGGACUGAAGCUUUGCACAGCCCUAGUUGCCAGCGAUAUGACUAGUGUCUGAGUGGGGAAGUGAUAAAGAACUGGAGUCCAUCAAAAAGGGUAAGGAGAAGGGCCUGAGUAGCACAACAGAACUGAGCUGCCAGUCCCAGUCAGAUGUGGGGGGAAGGUAAGCAGUGGUGGCAAAGAGAGAGGGGAUAAGCAAAGCAAUUGGAAUUGCUGGACUUGAUGCAUUGGAUGGAAAUCCUUCCCCAAUUUAACUCAUGAUCCACACAAGAGGGGGUGCAGUUAGAAAAUCAUCUUUUUAGUUAUAUACUGAGUGAAUGUGAGAAGGACGGAGUAACAUACAAGGCUGUCUAAAGUCAGCUUUGAGAGCAAAAGGUAUUUUAAGAAGAGUAGAAAAUUUACUAUCCUAAUGUCACAAUGUCUAAAUGUUUAUGGAAGGAUCUAGGCAAUAACCUGGACAAUGGAUUGGAAACUACUGUGUAGGGGAAAAUCUUACACUCAUAAAAGAAGGGAGACGAUGACUUAAUAGGUGUUUUCCAUUUCUCAUUUCCAUCUCUCUACACUUAGACAUAUUCCAUAUAAUCCAAUGCAAAAUUCCUUUCAGUUUGAUUUUUUUUUCUUUCGCUAUUUGUCAUGACUUGAUAAGGGGCUUAUGUCACCUGGGUAACUAGCUGCAAUUUUACACCUUCAGGUUCAUUUGUUUUGUCUGGUUUCUGCUUUGUCAACAGUCUGACGCCGAGCUGGGCUGCAUAGUGGAGUUGGGAGAGGUUUCUGAUAAGAGAUCAGACUCGUUGAAAGCAGCAGAUGAAUUACAAGCAUAAAGUCUUGAUCUGGCAUGUAAGAUAGUUAGUAUGUGACACGGGGUGGACAGAACCGAUGAUGGCAGCCAAUAUGAAUUUCCAAAGCACCAUGUCAGCUGAAGCUAGGCUAACUCGAUGGAGAAAAGAACAAUUAUGGUAUCAUUUGCUGCUGUCUUACUACCAGUUUCACUGUAUUUUCCAUUUUGUAAAUCAUUAGCACUACUUCCUUUUUCUUUGUCUGCAUAUACAAUUUGCUUACUUACAUAUUUACACCAUCCCCAUCACUCUAAUACUGGACUAUGUUAUUGAUUUCUAGCAAUACUCCACCUAAAACUAAUUAUUUUAGUGUAUUUAAAGAAGUUAGAUGCUGUAAACUGGUUGCUUACAGGGUCAGGAUCAUCACUGCUCAGCAACAUCUGUAAGAUCAGUUCAGGUCUACAAGUCGCUAGUAAUUUUCAGUGGCUUUGUUUCCAGAAGCAUCUCAAGUUGGUGGCCAAAAAGGGCACGUCCAGGCAAGCAUGCAUGUGUGGUUGGUGACUCCUCAGAGCCGUCUGCGGUGUAGCAAACUGCACGUGGUGCACAUGCACCCUUUUGCUAAUUUGCAGCAUGAUGUCAAAAUUUGACACCGGGAAAUUUGAUACUGAGAGAUAAAAAAAGAGGCGUAGCGCAUGCAGCAGUAGGGUGCACCACCAGAAACAGAGCUUGGCCAGUCAGAGCCAUGCUCUGGCUGCUGGCCAGACUCCCAAGUGGCUGGAUCACCACAACUGCUGCCCUGGGAGGCUCCCAGGACCCCAGGUAAGGCUGCUGGGGCCAGCAUAGGUGCUGGCCCCAGCCUCCCCUACUCCACCCAGGACAACUUGCGGUGCCCUGGAGCAUGUGUGCAUGGGCACGCCCUGAGACAAAAACCAGUGGCACGAACAUGUGCUGUUGCUUUUUGUACCACAGGAAAUGCAUGUCCCUGACCGUGUGCCUGUCUAGACAUGCCAAAAUGGUGUAUCCAUACUCUAUGGUCACUUUUAAAAAUAUGUAAAUAAUUCUGAUAUGUACUAAAACACACCUCUUUAAUGAUCCCUGCACCAAAACUGAUGCUAAAAUUUAAGAGCUUUAGUUAUGAAAUAUUAACAAUAUAAUCUAUUCUACAUUGUUAUUGGUUUUAUACAUCAGGGUGAUAAGUUUCCUAAACAACUUGUCCAAUUGACUUGUCAUUAUUAAAGUGAUACUAUUUUAUUAAUUAAAAUUAAAUGUGUUCUUGCAAUUCAUCUUGUAUUGUUGCUUUUUGAAAAACAAUAAAAGGAAAGUAGUUAUGGUAUCAAAGGAAAAAACAAGUAGGUUAAAUUAUUGUCAAGUAAUGAAAAAAGUGUUGUGGUGAUUCCACACAAUACUUCCCGUACCAUUUGCAAAUAUGCUGAGAGCUUGUUUAUAUAAAGAUAUAGUUUCUAAGCCCUUGUUAGGACCACAGAUGCCCUAACCACGACUUCUUGAGGGAAAGAAAAAAAAUAGUCGUGUAAGCAUGUUUACUUUGCAAUGGCAAGGGAGUUCUGACUUGUCCCUAAGACAUGACUCACUGGUUCAGGGCUAUAAAAGCAAAGAUAUUUGCACACUAAAAAUCAGAGUUUCGGAACUCAAGAAUCCAGCAUGGUGAGACCAAGCCUUCCAACUGCUCUCCUGUUCUUCUUGGGCCUGUCAUAUUGCUUGGCGCUGCCUGUACCCUAUGAUGAUAGCGAUGAAUUCACAGAGCAAGACCUCAAGUUUGCAGAGCGUUAUUUACAGACCCACUAUGCCCUCCGCCGUAACCCUGCUGGCUUAAUGAGGAAGAGUGCCAAUUCAGUGGCAGCCAAACUUCGAGAACUGCAGUCAUUUUUUGGGCUGAAGGUGACUGGUGAACUAAAUGAAGAAACCUAUGAACUGAUGCAACAGCCAAGAUGCGGGGUUCCAGAUGUGGGAGAAUAUAAUUUUUUCCCUAGAAAACUCAAAUGGUCAAAAAAUAAUUUGACAUACAGAAUUAUGAAUUACACACAAGAUAUAACCCGUGCUGAAGUGGACAGAGCUUUCAAAAAGGCAUUCAAAGUGUGGUCUGAUGUGACACCACUUAACUUUACUAGAAUUCGUAGCGGCACUGCUGAUAUCAUGAUCUCCUUUGGAACUAAAGAACAUGGUGACUUUUAUCCCUUUGAUGGACCUUCUGGAUUACUGGCUCAUGCUUUUCCUCCUGGACCAAACUAUGGAGGAGAUGCCCAUUUUGAUGAUGAUGAAACCUGGUCAACUGACUCCAGAGGAUACAACUUGUUCCUUGUUGCUGCCCAUGAAUUUGGUCACUCUUUGGGGCUUGAUCACUCCAGAGAUCCUGGAGCUCUAAUGUUCCCUAUUUACACAUACACUGGAAAAACUGGCUUUGUGCUUCCUGAUGAUGAUGUGCAAGGGAUCCAGGCUCUCUAUGGUCCAGGAGACAAAGAUCCCAACCCCAAACAUCCCAAAACUCCAGAGAAAUGUGAUGCAAACUUAACACUCGAUGCAAUAACAGAACUUCGUGGAGAGCUGCUAAUCUUUAAGGACAGGUUCUUCUGGCGUCUACAUCCUCAGAUGGUUGAACCAGAACUAGUGUUAACCAAGUCAUUUUGGCCAGAACUUCCCAACAAGUUUGAUGCUGCUUAUGAAAACCCCAUCAAAGAUCGUGUGUUUGUGUUUAAGGGCAGGAAAGUUUGGGCAAUGAAUGGCUAUGACAUAGUUGCAGAUUAUCCUAAAAAAAUUUAUGAAUUGGGAUUCCCAAAAGAGAUGAAAGCAAUAGAUGCAGCUGUCCACAUUAAAGACACUGGCAAGACUCUCUUUUUUACUGGAGACAAGUACUGGAGCUAUGAUGAAGAGAACCAGGUUAUGGAUGAAGGAUACCCCAGGCUGAUAGAGGAAGAAUUUGCAGGAAUUGGCACCAGAGUGGAUGCAGUUUACCAGAGAAAUGGCUAUCUGUACUUUUUCAGUGGACCGCUGCAGUUUGAAUACAGCAUCUGGAGCAAAAGAAUUGUCCGUGUCCUGCACACUAACUCCAUUUUCUGGUGCUAAUCACACUUUAUUUAAUGACCAUGUUGUAGGCUGUGGAACAGCUUGUAGAACAUGGAAAUAAUACUGUGGGCAUAGGGUUUUAUAAGAGGAAAGCAUGGUUCUGUGAACAAGCUCUGGUUUUGUGCCAUCAAAUAUAUAAUGUAUAUAUGGAAAUUUAUAACUUUAUAUCAGUCUGGAACUGAGUUAAUUUAACAGGAAGAGAGAAAAGAAAAUAGCCAUCAUUUCAAGGGGCAUUAGAGCAUUUAAUGUCAGUGCAGAAAUAGAUUCCUAUUCCUAUAGGGUCCCUUGGUAAGAUGCUAAAUGAAUCCUCUGUGAUCACAAGCACCACAGCUCUGAAUAAUAAAAGGGUCCUUAGCAUCUUAACAGAGGCUCUCAGCACCUCUCAAAGAGCAACCUACCAGCCUCAGUAGUCCCUAUUUAAAUAACUGGGAACUUAUUUUGCAGUCCACACCUUGUGUACCUUCCAGUACACAUUUCUUAUGUGUAAAGAAUUGGUCAGGGCUUCAGGACUCAAUCCUAUUGGAGAGCUAUUGGAGUUAAGGUACUGGAGUUAUAGACUGUAAAUAUAUAUUCCUACUUGAAUGUCCCGUUGGGAGUGGAUGGCCAUGUCAUCUUCACAGCAAGCAGAAGAGGGAGAAAUGGCAAAGGAGGUGCAAGGAAUAAAAGGUUUUUGGAAAAACCAGUGGUCUGAAUGAUACUGUAGAAACUAAGAACAGAGGACAAACUUAAGCACUAUAAGACACUUAGGAAAGGUCACUUCACUCUUGUAUUAACAUAGCAUCAUGAAGAACACCCUGGGCUUUAUCUUUCAUAGGUGACUAUUCAGGUAGAUCUAUGGAUUCUCACUGAAACUGCAGCUAUUUAAAACAACUAAGAAUUCAACCCUCCAUUUCAAAACAUGGUUAAGUUACAUGACUUUUUGACUACUGAGUCAAUGUUUCCAUCCAUUUUGUAUUUAUUUUAGUUAUUUCAGUGCCAUAUAUGUUAACUGUUUUUUUGCAAUCAACAUAAAUGAUACAGGACUGUGAUUAUUUCUCAACUUCAAAUGCAUUAAAUAAAUGGAAUGAAUAAAAGUAAAUUGUGAAUCUUCUUCAAUAAAAAUACCUAAGACUUCAUGCCUAAAAAGGCACAAGAGAACUACAGGGUAUUAACAACAACAAAUUA